AUGCUAGAUGAAGCUGAAGCUGCGUAUAAAAACACUCUAGAGAUCAAACACACUCGUGCACAUCAAGGGCUUGCACGGGUUUAUUUCCUGAAGAAUCAACGUAAAGUAGCGUGUGAGGAGAUGACAAAGCUGAUCGAUAAUCUAUCAAAGCAGCAGCCUACGAGAAACGGUCUGAGUACUGUGAGCGUGAAAAAGCCAAAGAGGAUCUUGACAUGGCCACAACACUCGACCCUCUGCGAACCUAUCCCUACAGAUACCGAGCUGCCGGUUUCAGUAAGUUCUUGGGCUUUUUUACCUCCAGUUAGAGAUGUAAAAUCUACUGGAAUGGAGUAA